AUGGCUUUAUUGAGAUCAACUGCUUUCACCUCAUCAUCAUUGUUCACACUUUCAAGACUCGAUUCCAAAACAAACUCAAUACCAACUUCUCCAAUGGCCCCAACUUGCAACCAAAACCAAAUGCAUAGCCAAAAUGGUAACCAAUUUCCACAAGAAGUAGUAGUUGUUGUGGUUCCAUUUCCAGCACAAGGCCACUUAAACCAACUUCUUCAUUUUUCUCGUCUAAUUUCAUCCUACAAUAUACCAGUUCAUUAUAUUACCACCACAACUCAUACUCGUCAGGUCAAUUUUCGAGCUCAUGGUUUUAAAUCAACAAACAAUAUUCAUUUUCACGAAUUUCCAACCCCUAUUUUCAACUCUCCUACACCUAAUAACAACCCUAAUCCAUCAAUCAAAUUCCCUUCACAUCUUCAACCUUCCUCUCAAAUUUCCACCAACCUAAGAAACCCCGUUGCAAAGAUUUUACAUUCUCUCUCACAUAAAACACAAAGAAUUGUUAUCAUCCACGAUUCCUUAAUGGGGUCUGUUGUUCAAGAUUAUCGUGAUAUUCCAAAUGCAGAAGCCUACACUUUCCAUAGUGUUUCGGCUUUCACAAUAUUUUUGUACGUGUGGGAAAGUAUGGGGAGGUCUUCUUCUAUCGACGUUGAUAUGAUAAAAGACCUCCCAUCAAAUGAUGGUUGCUUCACCCCUGAAUUUACUAAAUUUGUUCGAUCCGAACAUGAGUAUAGUAAGUUUAAUUCGGGCAAGAUUUAUAACACGUCAAGAGUCAUAGAAGGUCCUUUUCUUGAUUUACUAUCUAAAGAACAAAUCAAUAAAGGCAAAAAACAGUGGGCUUUAGGCCCAUUUAACCCUAUUACAAUCUCAGGGCCCACCCAACAAAGACAUUAUUCAUUAAUAUGGCUAGACAAACAAGUACCUAAGUCAGUAAUUUUUGUGUCAUUUGGAACCACAACUUCAUUUUCUUAUGAACAAAUCAAGGAAAUUGCAAUAGGGUUGGAACAAAGUCAGCAAAAAUUCAUUUGGGUAUUGAGAGACGCGGAUAAAGAGAAUGUUUUCUUAGAUGAUUUUACUAAAAAGAUCGAGCUGCCAAAAGGGUUUGAGGAGAGAGUGAAAGAAAGAGGGAUAGUGGUAAGAGAUUGGGCCCCACAACUAGAAAUCUUGGCCCAUAAUUCGACUGGUGGAUUUUUGAGUCAUUGUGGUUGGAAUUCAUGCAUGGAGAGUAUGUCAAUGGGAGUUCCUUUAGCCACAUGGCCAAUGCAUUCGGAUCAACCUAGGAACACGGUGUUGAUAACGAAAAUACUAAAAGUCGGGUUGGUUGUUAAGGAUUGGGCUCAACGAGACGAGUUGGUAACGUUCGAUAGAAUUGAAAAGGUUGUGAGGAUUUUAAUGGCAUCAAAAGAAGGAGAAGAAAUGAGGAAAAGAGCAAAAGAUUUGAGUUUGGGUGUGAAGAAUGCUGUGGAAGAAAAUGGUGUCACAAAAAAUGAAUUUGAUGCUUUUAUUGCUCAUAUUACUAAAGCAAUUUGAUAUUGUCUGACAUAUUUUUAUGAUCAGUAAUGUAUGC